GAGCGCAGGCGCUGUGGGUCAGGGGCGCGUGAGGAGGGGCGGUGCGGGGGCAGGGCCGGGGCCGGGGUUUGGUUCCAUCCCGGUCCCGUUCCCGGUCCCGUUCCUUUUCCCGUUCCCGCUCCGCACCCGCUCGCUUCCGGGGACAGCGGGCACAUCAUGGGCUCCCUGCGGCUCCUCGUCCCCCGCUGGUGCCGCUACGCCUCCCCCGCUGUGCUGCGGACGCGGUGCGCAGCCCCCGGGGUUGGAGCCGGGCAGGCGCCGCUUCUGUCCCGGCCCCCAGGCCAGGGCCCGCUGCCGGGCUGGAGAACGUGCAGCUCCUCCCAGGCCUCCUCCAAAGUGCCCGGCAGCGACCCGAGAGAGAUCAGUGCUGGCAGCUUCGCUGGAGCCACCGAGGAGCAGAAGGAUGACGAUGAUGAUGAUGAAGGUGUGGAGUUCGGGACGCUGUCUGAUAAAUUUUCCUCUAGGAAAUAUUACCACAAAACCACGGCGCGCUUUCGGGAUUUAAAGCUUCAAGAAGAAGGAGAAGAAGAACCAGAAAGAAAACCUCGACGUGGCCCUAGGAACACUCCAUACUGGUACUUCCUACGGUGCAAGGCCCUCAUCAAAGAGGACAAGCUGGCAGAGGCUCUGGAGCUGUUUGAGGUGCAGAUGCUGAAGGAGGAGCGUGUCCAGCCAGAAGAAGGCAAUUACACUGUUCUCAUUGGUGGCUGUGGCAGGGUUGGCUACGUGAAGAAGGCAUUCAGGCUCUACAAUGACAUGAAAAAACGAGGGUUAAUCCCCACAGAGGCCACUUACACAGCCCUGUUCAACGCCUGUGCUGAGUCUCCCUGGAAGGACUCGGGGCUGCAGAGCGCCCUGAAACUGCGGCAGCAGCUGCAGAGCAAAAACGAGGAGCUGAACCUCAUCACCUACCACGCCCUGCUGAAGGUCUGUGCCCUCUGCUCGGACCUCAGGAUGUGCUUGGAUGUACUCAAGGAAAUUGUGCAGAAGGGCCAUGUCCUCACAGCUGAGACCUUCAGCUUCCUUCUCAUGAGCUGCAUAAAAGACAGAGAGAACGGCUUCCGAUUUGCCUUGCAGGUUUGGCAGCAGAUGAAGAAGCUGGGAAUAAAGGCCGACAGCCACACCUACAACCUGAUGCUGCGCGCGGCCAGAGACUGUGGGAUUGGCAACCCCGCUGUGGCCUCUAAACUCCUGCUCAGUCCCCCUGAGAGCCCACCUCAGCUAAAGCUGCCGCCUGGCAGGCGGAAGGAAAAAGUGAAAAAUCAGAGGAAGAAGGGAUCAGAGAGUGCUGCUGUCCAGCUGGAUGUGGAAGCUAUGGAAAAGCAGUUAUUUCAGGAGAGUUCGGUGCAGCCCGAGGAAGGGACCCAGCAACAAAAUAAAGAUGUGGCUUGGGCUGAAGCAAAAUCAGCUGCUCCUGACAGCCCCAGUGCCACUCACAGCAGGGCUGGAGCCUUGAUGAGGAGAGCCCAGAGUGAGAUGGAACAGGAACAGCCACCCCCAAGCCAGAAGCUGCCUCUGUGCAACCUGCCCAACUUGUUGGAUUCCAGGGUGGCUGACAUAGCCGUGGUUUCCCUGGGGACAGUGGCCACACCAUCCCAUAGACUGGCUCUGAUGGGGGAUGUGGAGGGAUUCUUGAACAAAAUGAAAGAGGACAAUGCAGAGCCCAACAUUAAAACGUUCACAUUACUGGCCGAGCUGGUGGAACCCCAAAGCCCCUCAGAAUCCUCUCUGCUGGCUUUGCUGGAUGAUCAUAAAGUAAAAGUAGAUGUGACCUUCUUUAACACUUUAAUGAGGAAGAGAAGUAAACUGGGAGACCUGGAGGGAGCAAAGAGCAUGCUGCCAGCUCUGGUGAAGAGGGGACUGUCACCUAACCUCCAGACAUUCUGUAACCUGGCAAUUGCCUGCCACAACCAGCAGGACGGACUGCAGCUGCUGUCGGAUUUGAAGAGGUCUGGAAUAACUCCCAACAAGUACAUCUACAGCAGCCUCAUUGCUGCUGCCGUGAGGCAGCUGGAUUACAGUUACCUCACGGAGAUCCUGCGGGACAUGAGGAACAAGCAGGUGCCUCCCAACGAGGUGAUCAUCCGGCAGCUGGAGUUCGCAGCGCGGUACCCUCCCAAGUUUGACAGGUAUAAGUACAAAAACCCAUACCUGGAGAAGAUUGAUGGUUUCCGUGGCUACUACUACCGGUGGUUAAAAGUUAUGGCUGGAGAGGAGACCCCCCACCCCUGGGCCAAGUACAGGACAGCAAAGCCUGGGGGGCAGGACAGCAAGGCAGAGGCUGUGCAGGAAAAGGGAGCAGGAUGCUGAAGUUUCAAGUUCUUCCAGCACAAGGAAGAUGCGUGACUUGCUUCUUUAAACUGGCUUGUAUUAAAGCUGCUUUGUGUAUCCCCAAGCCCCAGUUCUUGCAAUAGUUACAUAAUAAAAUAUUUCCUUUUGUUUUAAGGAGGAGCAAAUACAUUUUCAGUGAGUUUCCUUCUGCCGAGGAU